UGUUCAAGGAAACACUCUUCCCCAGUCUACAAAUCUCACCUCCUCUUAAAUGUGAGUCAUUUCUAUUAGCAAUCGAGCAAGUUGCUCCAGUUAUUCCUGAGCAGGAGAGUUUGUAAGUGUGCCCCACGGGACAAUCUCUAGGCGGGUAGAGGAGCACCUACCUUCUCCGGCAGGGGAGGGGAAAAAAUGCUUUUUUUUAGGCUUUAACAAAAAACCAACUUCCCUGCCAACCCUGGUUUUGAGACUCAUUCUCAAUUAGAGUUGAGAAGCCUGUUUGGAUGUGAAGACACCCGUAUCAGGUGAAUGGACAGCCAGCUACAGCAAUGAAAGAAAUUAAACCAGGAAUAACCUAUGCCGAGCCCUUGCCUCCAUCUUCCCCAAGUGUUUCCUGACACGUAUUUGUGCCUACAGUCCGUCACAACUAAAGAAUGGGGCUCAACGUAACACUUGCAAAAUUACCAGAUAAUGAGCUGCCCAGCCCAAGAAAUCACACCCCAAGUAACGUGAGUGAUGCACCUGGAAAGAACGCCACUAUUAACAAUGAAUUCAACACUAUCGUCUUGCCUCUGCUUUACCUCGUUAUAUUUGUGGCAAGCAUCUUGCUGAAUGGUCUGGCAGUGUGGAUUUUCUUCCACAUUAGGAAUAAAACCAGCUUCAUAUUUUAUCUCAAAAACAUAGUGGUUGCUGACCUCAUAAUGACACUGACAUUUCCAUUUCGAAUAGUCCACGAUGCAGGAUUUGGACCUUGGUACUUCAAGUUUAUCCUCUGCAGAUACACCUCAGUUUUAUUCUACGCCAACAUGUACACUUCCAUCGUGUUUCUUGGGCUGAUAAGCAUUGAUCGAUACCUGAAAGUGGUAAAGCCCUUUGGCGACUCUCGCAUGUACAGUGUAACCUUCACGAAGGUUUUGUCUAUUUGCGUUUGGGUGCUCAUGGCUGUUCUGUCCUUGCCAAACAUCAUUCUAACAAAUGGUCAACCAACUAGGGAAAAUAUCCACGAGUGCGUGAAACUUAAGAGUCCCUUGGGGGUGAAAUGGCAUAAUGCCAUCAUUUAUGUCAACAGCUGCUUGUUUGUAGCUGUGCUGGUGAUACUGAUCGGAUGUUACAUAGCCAUAUCCAGGUACAUCCACAAAUCCAGCAGGCAAUUCAUAAGCCAGUCGAGCCGAAAACGAAAACAUAACCAGAGCAUUAGAGUGGUUGUGGCUGUGUUUUUUACCUGCUUUCUACCCUAUCACUUGUGCAGGAUUCCUUUUACUUUUAGUCACUUGGACAGACUUUUAGAUGACUCUGCACACAAAAUCCUGUAUUACUGCAAGGAAAUGACCCUUUUCUUGUCUGCAUGCAAUGUGUGCCUGGAUCCAAUAAUUUACUUUUUCAUGUGUCGCUCAUUUUCAAGAAGGCUAUUCAAGAAAUCAAAUAUCAGAACAAGGAGCGAAAGCAUCCGAUCCCUGCAAAGUGUCAGAAGAUCAGAGGUCCGCAUAUACUAUGAUUACACUGAUGUGUAG